CUAGGACUCAGCGGCGAAGUUGGAUUUGACCUUCAUAAUUGGCCAAUGGGGGAGUCCUCUUCUGAUGAGAGGUCGCAUCAUGACAAGAAGUCUAAAAGUAAACAUAAACACAAGCACAAAUUCAAAGAAGAUAAAGUAAAAGAUGGAGAGUUCCUGCGCCCUACCAAACUUCCUCGAUCCUACAGUGACAAAAAGCGUGAUCAUCAUGAUGAUAUAAAACAUAUACAUAUCAAAGAAGAACCUAAAGAGUCUUACAGCCCUCCUCCUAGACAUCGAUUAAGCAACCCAGUAAUAAUAAAAGAUGAAUCGCCUCCCCGGCGUGGCCGUGUCAGCUCUCCUGUAAUUCUCAGGGAUGAUACUGAUGUCAGUGACGCCAAACCAAAUCUCGGAAGAAGUGGACUUCUGGACAAAAAUUCAGCCCCAAUUGCAAAGCAAAAGGCAAAUUUUGAAUUAUCAGGGAAACUUGCGGAAGACACAAAUGUAUUUAAAGGUGUUGUGAUAAAGUAUAAUGAACCAGAAGAUGCUAGGAAACCAACCACACAUUGGAGGUUAUAUGCUUUUAAAGGGAACCAACCCCUACCUAUUUUACACAUACAUAGACAAAGUGGAUUCCUAAUUGGUCGUGAUAGAAAAAUAGCAGAUAUUCCUAUGGAUCAUCCAAGUAUAUCUAAGCAACACGCUGUUUUACAGUACAGAUUUGUUCGUGGAGCAAUUCGUUUGUAUGUCAUCGACUUAGACUCAGCGAAUGGAACUUACUUGAACAAUAACAGAAUUGAAUCCCGACGUUAUUAUGAACUCCUAGAAAAAGAUGUGAUUAAAUUUGGUUUUUCUUCACGUGAAUAUGUUGUUAUGACGUCGGAUACCGAUGUCGACGACUCACCUUAAGAGCAACCUAUGUACAGAAUAUUUGUUGAUAUAUUUUAUUUUAACCUUCUGUUACCGUUUUUUGUUUGUUUACAAUUAAGAAAAUUUACUGUCCAGUCAUUGAGAUAUUUUAUGGAAUUCAAAAUUGUAAAAAACCAGUUAUGUACAAAGUUAAUAUUACCCUUUCAUUUUUAUGCAAAGAAUUAGUCUUAUACAAUACUUGUAAUAAAAUGUAAAUGCUUUCUUAAUGAUACAAAGAGUACUAUUAAUCAUUCUUCUAUAACUCCACUGAACGCAUACGCUGAAUGAAUGUUGUCUACAUUAAAUAAAUGCCUUUUUGUGCAUACAUGAUUGUCUGAAAGUUUCCUACUUCUUAAGAAAUACCUCUAAUGAAUGGCAAGUUUCAAAAUUGUUUGCAAGGGCAAGGGCUCCUUUAAACAGUAUGUGGCUCUGAAACAUGGCCAAUACGCGUUGAAGACAUGAAAAGGUUGACUGCUUUCGAUCAUAGAUGUCUGCGAUCUCUGUCUCACGUUAGGUGGUUUCACAAGGUAAGUAAUGUUGAUGUUAGGCGUAGAGUGUUGGGCAAAGAGGGAAAAUCAAUCGACGAGGCUAUAAAGUUACAUAGACUAAAAUGGCUAGGUCACGUGCUGCGC